AUGAAAACUCUUGUUCUUUAAUACCCAAAACAAAAAACUAUGUAUAAUCCUAGUAAGCCUGCUGUUAAGAUUGAUACAAAUGAUCAAUUCUUAUAGUCCCAUGAUUAAAACAUUAGUAAUUACAAAAGCUUAAAUGUUGUGGAUAGACUGUAUUAAUAAGAUGAAAGAAAGAGAGACAAAAUCUAAAGAUUACAAUAAGAAAAGGAAAGAUCAUUGACUCCAAGUAGAAUCUGUUUUAUUAAUAAAAAGUCUCAGCAAAUACUUGAUACUAAGAAUUUAAAGCCUUUUUUAGAAAGACAAAAUGAAUUAAUUUAAGAGAAAAAAAUGAAAGCAGAACUAUAAAAGAUUUUGGCAACUCAAGAAUAAGAAGAAGUUGAAUCUUAGAAAAUAGUACCAUCAAGAUCACAUUCUUAAUUCAUUAAGGAUUCCUAAGAUUGGGUCGUAUAUAAAGAAUUUAAGAAAUAAUAAUUAGCAGAUGAAAUUUAGAACCAAAAUGAAUAACCAUUUAGACCAUUAAUUAAUCCAAAAUCUGCUGAAAUAGCAGAUAAAAAAAUGAAAAAAAGUGGACUGCAUUUAAUUGAUUAAGCUGAUCGAUUAGCUAUGCCUAUUAGGCAAAGUUUUACCUUUUCAAAAGAAAAUUAUAAUUUUUAACCUUGCAUCAAUACAAAAUCCAGAUAGUUAGCUGAUAAAUAUAGGUAUUAAAGAAGUUAGUCACCUUGGAAUCAGUAUUGA